ACUCGUAUUUUUUGCGACAGCACCAACAAGCACCGGCGUCCUGUUGCUGCUUCGUCGAAAAGAAUAACAUUCAUUAUAAUUUUAAACAGUUCGUUUAUUUGUGUGAGAGGUAACUGUUUAUAUUUUUAAUGUGACGCUCCGUUUUUGAUAACAGCUCCUUUCUUGGAGAAGAAAAGAGACUUUGUCGUAAUCUUGUUGCAUUGUGUCGAAGGCCUUCCUGACUGGGAUUCCACACCUGAGCUGCUGUAAGACUCUACCUUUGCUCGUUUACCAAAUGAUGCUAUCUUCCUCCGCACAAGCGGCACUCACAGAGGACUUUGCCUGUAAACGGGACUGCUGUGCGCUGUGCCGGGCUCCAGUAGCCCACCCAUGCCUGUGAUCCCUAUUCCUCGGCGGGUGCGCAGCUUUCAUGGCCCCCACACCACCUGCAUGCACUCAGCCUGUGGGUCGGUGCACUCCACCCAGCUCGUGCGCACUAAGUACAAUAACUUUGACCUCUACCUGCGCUCACGCUGCAUGUACAGAUUCCUGCGUUUCCUGCUCUACUUUGGCUGCAGCCUUCUGACGUCUCUGCUCUGGGUUGCACUCUCCAUGCUUUUCUUCCUGCAGUAUGUUAGCGUGCACGUACUGCUGCGCCUGCAGUACAAGCUGUCUGUCAUUCUGCUUUUAUUGGGGCAUCGACGCCUGGACUUUGGGGUGCUUAAUGAUCUCAUCAUCUACAGCAUGCAGAUCACCAUGUUUCUGGUCGGGGGACUUGGUUGGUGCUUUAUGGUUUUUGUGGACAUGUAACUUGUCGUGUGAGUGAUUCGGAAAGCAAAGUCGUUGACACUGUAGGUGUUCUAUCUUCUCAACUGUAACUUCAACAUUUUGUCGGGUGAUAGUAACAUCUAUAACAUUUCCACAAGGAGUGUAACUGAGAAAAUGUAUUUAUUUUUUGAGGCAGAAAGCUCAUAAUGCCUAGUCGUGUAAGGAUGUUUUCACUGCUUUCAGGCACUAUUUUUUUCUUUUUCCAUUUGGUAAAUUAAAGUUACAGUGUGUAGGAUUUGGGGGUGGUUAUUAGCAAUGGGAUAUAAAAUUCAUAACUGUCUAUCUUUCAUAACUGUCUAUCUUUAGUGUAUAAUUACCUGCAACAACAAAUCAGUGCAUGUCCAUAACUUUUUACAAUAGGACCAGUGGUGGGCACAGCUAAUUGAAACGUUAGCUUUGAUAACCACUAAACCGCUAACUGAAAAGUUAACUUUAUAACGCUAAACCGAUAAACAGCCUAAAACAUAUAGUGAAAGUUAUCGUUAACUGCUAACUUUUUGUAUUGACUCAGUCGUGGCCACGUCAAAUUAGACUGUAGGCUACUGAUAAACCAGUUUCGAGUAUAAGCGCCACCUUGGCAGCGGGGCAUUCCCAGGAUCAUAAACAUAAAACAAACACACGAAAUAAAAAAAAAAAAAAUAAAUAAAUGAAAAGCAGUAAAUCGCAGUAUUAGAAGUCACAGUUUAUAUCAUAUAUUUAUGAACCAUUAACAGCGCUACAGCGCACGCAUAUCGCAUUCACAAACACAAAACAAAUGCAUGUAAAAUAAACAAAAAUACUGACUUUUGAGCUCCAGCAUCUCCUUAUCAGCGCUUGUGUGCUUUGUCCUGUGAACCAAUAGUAUUAGCUAGCUCUCUGCGUUCAUAAACAGGAACUUACAUGUAUGAUUUUAGGGUUCACUAACAUUUUUACCGUUAAAUUUACUCACAUUACCAGCAAAAAAAAUGUUAAUGGACUGAAAGUUAGCGGAACUAAAUGUAGCGGAAGCUAAUUGGUCCACUGAUGGUUUUCAAAGUUAGCUGAAAAGCUAAUCUGCUAAUGAAAAUGUUAGCUUUGCUAAUUAGCAAUUAGCAGAUUAGCAGAACUGUGCCCACCACUGAAUAAAUAAGACGUUCAUAUUGACAUAGGAGCGGGCGUCCUCACAGAGGCCACCAUGUUGCGCCGCCAUGUUGAUACAGUAACUCAAACAUACAGUAGCCAUACUUACUUUGCCUUUCGCAUUUUGCAGCACAGCAAAGAAAAUAAAAAAUACUUCACAUGAAUCAGCGGUUGCUCCCCGUACACUGUCUACUAAAGAAGUAAAUUCGUGAGCAGUCACAGUAUAAUGCAGUCUGAAUUCUCACCACUAGGUGAUGUUAAAUCUGACACACAGUAGCUUUAAAUUUUAUCAACUUGAUUAAGAACACUAAGAUGGAAAAAUCUGCAUUUUUCUAGCCAUUUGUAUACAUAUGUAAAUUUGGAAUUUGUAAAGGCGGAUAUGCAGUACAAGAUAAUACGAUUGACAUGCAGGUUACGCCAGUAUAGAAAUGUGUAUUGUAUGGCCAACGCUUUAGGCUGGUUUUUACUUCAUGCACAUGGGAACACACUGAGCCUGAAGAACAUUGUAGUGAACACAAACAAGCAAGACCACCACAUUUAGUGGCCACUUCCUUGAGUGUAUACCAGGUGUUUUGUAAAACAACAUGGAUGGCGGCCACAGUGACUUAAAUAAAACAGUGUGUAAUUCAGCAUUUAGUUCAAAGAAGGGAAAGAGGAGAAAGAGGCCAUAUAAAUUCUCCGGGGAAAUUAAUCUCUUUAUUUUUCUGUUUUUUGGCAUUUGUGAUAGGCCUUGCUGGAUUUUCUUAAUGCCCUUGCAGUGCAGUGCCACCACUUGUUUGCUCAUUGAAGUGCAGCUAUGAUGCAUGUUGAUAAGAAACUGUGGUCAGCUAUCGAAUUCAAGCAUGCAGGUGGUUUGCCACAAAGCCGGCCAAAUCCAUUUCAUUUUGAAGUAAAAACCUUAAACUUGACAAAAAGAUCAUAUAAAAUAUAUAAUUACAUUACACUGUAAACCUUGAACUCAAAACCGCUAUAGUAACUUUGAUGAUUUCUAAGCAAUUUUGAAAUGUUAAAUCGAGCUGCAACAAAUGAUCGAUGUAUCAACUAUCGAAUGAACAACUUUUGUGAUAGUUAAUUGUUCGGAGUAAUUAAAAAAAUAUCCAUUUUAUUUGAUCUCAGCUUGUUAAAUGUGAAUAUUUCCUGGUUUAUUUUUUACCAGUUUCUUCACUCUUAUCUGACAGUGAACUGAAUAUCUCUGAAUUGUGGACCAAACAAGAUAUUUGAAGGCAUGAUCUUAGGCUCUGGAACGCAAUGAUUGACAUGUUUCACUAUUUUCUGACUUGUUAAUCCUUAACAGCUAAUCAGUUAUGAAAAUAAUCAUUAGGUCCAGCCAGCCCUGUUAAAAAUAGCAAUUUUGACAGUGCAAACCAUUUUAGAAUCACUGGGAGCAAUUAUCACUUUGAACUGUUUUACGUUUCAGCAAUUUGCUAUCUUGGUUUUUGGGUACAGCCUACUGUCAGAACUGGGUACUACAUCCCAGGACUAAUGUUUAGAAGCCCCAUGUUGAAACUUGAGCUUUUUGGCCGUGCUUGUGUUGGAUUGAUCUUGUAUGGAUACUAUUAUCUCAAAUGUUUUUAAAGGUACUGUUUGGUAGUUUGUGAAAAGACAAUUGGCAAAAGAUAAUACUGCAGUGUUCAUGCUUGGGUGAAAGUUUUGUGUAUAUUACCCGAUUUCCAGUUAUACAAGGUACGUUUGACUAACAAUGGAAAAAAAUUAAAGGAAUUCAUACCUUCAUAUGCCACCGCUAACCCGUAACGACGUUGACCACAGAUGACAUCAAUCAUCUGUUAUCUAAUGCUGGCAUCAUCUGUUGUUAGCAUUUACGCAUGCAGUCACGCUAACCCCAGAGAGCAUUUUGUUCAAUGUAGCCAGUAGCCAGUAAAUUGCACAAUGAUCCAUGUUUGGACAUCAGGUAAUUUCUGGGAAACGUUCAUGAUAACGAGGAGAUGAAAUGAAAUCUGUCAGUUGGAAACACACUUGUAAAGCCCGUGUCAAAGCAUCUCUGUAACAUGUAUCUUGUUUGUAUGAUGUCAUUUGUGCCAAAAUAAUGUGAGAAGACAUUAAAAAAAAAAACACUAUCACAUGAACGUUAAUGUCGCCAAAAAGAAGUGGAAUCUGUCAACAACUGUGUCACUAAUGUUUUGUGUAACAAGCUGUAUAUGUGACUUAAGUUCUUUUCUCAAGCUAUUUUAAUACAUUUUUCUGUUGAAAGGU